GUGGGCUAAGGCUAGCAGGCUAACGUUCACCAGAUCAAAACAUUACUCAGAAUAAGUGGAUUAAUUUCGGGUUUUUUCCGUAAAAGUGCUCAUAAUGUCCUUGGAGACUGUGCCCAAGGACCUUCGCCAUUUGCGGGCUUGUCUGCUGUGCUCUCUGGUCAAGACUAUUGACCAGUUUGAAUACGAUGGCUGUGAUAACUGUGAGGCAUAUCUACAAAUGAAGGGCAACCGCGAGAUGGUUUAUGAAUGCACAAGCUCGUCCUUCGAUGGUGUUAUUGCCAUGAUGAGCCCUGAAGACAGUUGGGUAGCUAAAUGGCAAAGAAUAGGAAAUUUCAAGCCAGGUGUGUACGCUGUAACAGUAACUGGGCGAUUACCUCCAGGAGUGGUUCGAGAACUGAAGAGCAGAGGGGUCAUCUACAGGUCCAGAGACACAGCAGUCAAGACAUAAAAGUGAAACGCAGCCCAGUUUGGACAUCACAUCCCAAGUUCUUCUGCUACACAAUGAUAGCUGUGGAUCUUGCCUUCUACAGUCGUCAGCCCCAGUCAAAUUACAUGUUUUGUUGAUUUUCUAAGUGAAAAUAACUGGAUACAUCCUCUACAGGGAACAAACUUAAAUGUGGAAUUUUUCUGCAGAUUUUAGUCCACAAUUUUUAUUUAUUUACUGAGUUUAGAAUAUUGGAAAAAACAUAAAAUAUGCCAUAACAUUUGCACAGGCAUUUUAUGUUUGUUUUUCUCAAACAUGUUAAAUUUAGCAAAUAAACAGUAAUUGUGCCUUAAAAUGUGCAGAAGUAUGACCUCUGUAGAGGGUGUGGACUAAUUACAAUCAGAAAAUCAACAGAACGUAAUUUGAGCCAGUCCAUUUGUGAAAAAUUCCAGUUUUAGAUUCCUGAGCCAGGCAAACAUGUUUACAGUAUGUGGUUACUUGGCUCAGGUGGGGAAAAAAUAGAAUGGAGAUCAGCUGGAGCUCCUUAUGGGGUGAAUUGGUAACUUCUGCUCUACAACUAUACAUAGUGCUGUGAUAUUCUUUUGCUUCAUUGUUUCAUCCAGAAUUGUUUUGUGUCAGUGUCUUACGAAUAGUCUUUUAUUUUCUCUUCAUAAUUUUGUUGGUUGUUUUGCAAGAACACCACAACGUUGACACGUUUGUGGGAAGGGGUUGGACAAUGUUGACCAAUAAAAUUUGAACAAAACUUGUUACUUAA